CCUCCGUCUCUCUCAUGUUUGCUGGCGUUCUGUACCCCUUAUCUCCAAACCAGAGGCUCUGGCAUUCUCACUUUCUCCUUGCCCCUCACUUUCUCUCUCUCUCGCCAUGCCAAUAAACCGGAUCUGCACCAUCCCCUUGCCGUUGAUGCCAAGAAUAGCUUGGCGUAGAUACGACUAUCGAUGGAAGGAAGUGCGUGAUAUCAAUGCUUACGCCGUGCUUGUGGCGUAUGUGCUGUCCGCAAUCAGAGGGAUAGGCUUCCUGGUGGUUACAUGGACCACGGUUGUUCUUCUCGGUGGCUUCGUCUCUAUGAUAGAUAAGCACGACUUUUGGCGUCUCACGGUGAUUACACUCAUACAGAUAAUCUGGAUAAAUGCGUCUUUCAUCGAAAGGCUGCAAACUAGUUCUUAUACGUUAUCGAGCUUGAAGAUGGUGAAAAAACUAUUGACGCGCAAGUGGCAGCUGGCUGAUAAUGCACGUAGUGGUCACCUGAAACUAGCAGUCAUUAAGCGAGUUGUUUUAGCGCUACGUGUGGUGGUGGGAUGGGUUCUAGCGCUAGUUCACAGUGUGUUGUUGGUGUUCUGCAUUUCCUUCGGCAUGUGUCUCAUUGUCUUUGGGGUGCUCAUCACCAUUUCGCUUUCGAUCUACGGUUUAGUGAAACACGAUUAUUACCGUGGCACGGCUGAGGGCAGAACAAAUAUGUACCAAGCGCAUAACGUCUUGUACAUCCUGUGUGUGGCCCAAUGUGCACUACAGGAAUGGGGCUAUAUGCCGAGGGCCGGGAACCCUCGGCGUAGCAUGCUUUGGCCCUCGGCGUAGGCUAUGCCGAGGGCCGCCCUCGGCAUAGCUCCUCGGCGUGUAAGUCCCUCGGCAAAGGCACUAUCGCCGUCGGCGUAGUCCGGCCCUCGGCGUAGCACGCUACGCCGACGGCAAAACCCUCGGCAUAGACUUUUAAAAAAUUCAAAUUUCCCAUGUAGUUCCCAGAUUCGGCGGGACACCGUAGGAAGCCGCAUGGAUUCCCAGAUAGCUAGCGCGCACAUAUGGCAUGUGAUAUGGGGUGCGAAGGCGGUGUCCUACCACUACGCACAGGUCUCGCGCAAUACUAAAAUGCUCCCCAUGUAGUUCCUUCACAAAAAAACCUGUUUUGGCACCCCGAAAAUGAAAAAACCAUCGCCCAUGGGUCGGAUUGGAAAUGCGCUCCCGGGGCAUUGCUUCCCAUCCCAGGGACCACGCACGUGCCAAAUAUGGUCUCGUUCCGGCAAACUAUGCGGUGUCACGGGCCGUUUCCUACUCAUUGCCCUAAAAGCCAUAGAAAUCCGGACUUGAUAGCCCUGUUCGUGAAGGGUUUUCCAAAAUAAUUGUCGUAUCCCAAUUCCAUCUUUUGAAGUGGUUACUAGGACACAUAAAAUGAUGUCAUGCGGGUCCGCGAGAUUUUCUGACUUCGUUUAAAUUGCCAUCUGGCUAAAACGGGAACCUGAGAACAUAUAAGAAAGUGAUUGAAUUGUUUCUACGUUAACAUGUUAUUCUACAUGAUUCAAAUAUGCAUGAUUUUGACAUAAACGGAUAGAGGAUGUUUUUCUGAACAUUUUGAUACCUCAUACGCAUUUUUCUGACAUCAUAUGAAUUAGUUAUGAUUUUUACAAAAUUAGACAAAUUUGAAAAAUAGCCUACGCCGAGGGUGGCCGUCGGCGUAGCCCUGUCUACGCCUAGGGCCAAAGAUAUGCCGAGGGCUGCCCUCGGCGUAGAGGUCGCUACGCCGACGGCCACGUUUCGCCGAGUGUUGAAAGGGCAGGUGGCCUGGCUGGGCCAUACGCCGACGGCCCCGACUUUUGGCCGUCGGCGUAUAGCCUGGCCCUCGGCAUAGCCUCCCAUUCCUGUAGUGAAUUGUUCCUAUAUAGAUUCCUCUUGUUGCUAUGUGAGAAGAGGAUAGUGGACCAAGUGAGCCAAGCAUACGGCUUCCAAGAUGGUGAUCGUGCAGUUUGGGGCUACUGUCAACAAAUAAGGUCGGAUUGCAUAAGAAAGCCAUCCUCCGUUAGAGAAAGGAACCUCAUCACUUAUGCGAUAGAACUCAUGGAGUCCAAGUCGCCUAGUAGCUUCCUUUCCGGGACGCUGAUACUGGACAGACUACUCACCAGACAACAUUUGGACAAGAUAAAAGCCCCUGAUUUGAUUGAACAUGAAGAAGAGCAGCAGCAUCAAAUAGAUUUUGUGGACAAGACUAGAGCUCAUCUGAUUAAAAAGGAGAAGACGGAUAAGAGGGAGGAGAGGAGAAAGAAUUUGGAAGAGAGGAAGAUGACGAAAGUGGGAGACAUGAAGAAGAUCAAGGAAAGGAGAAAGAAGAAACAUCAGCAAACGGAGGACGAGAUCAUUGUGCAGCAGUGUAGGGUGAUAAGGCAGCUUUUAGGCUCUGCAUCCGCCACCCACAUUCUCCAAAAACUGCUUGAAACACUGGAUUCAAGACACUCAUAUGACAAAAAGAUGAGGGGAGCCGCUGCGAGGAUAGUGGAUCAUGUUGCCGACAGGAUUCGUUUAGACCAGUUCCCGCGAGGAAUUCAAUCGAUAUCUUCACUCAUCAACUCCUUCGAAGAAUACUAUCAACUCCGACCACGUCAAUCAGCAUCAUCACUGUCACUAAGCACAGACGACACCACCACAAGGCCCCCAGCUUCGUCAAACACAAAGAGAUAUCAUGAUCAAGAAGAACAAGGAAGCAGCAACACUUCGUUGUUUGAUACAGAAUCAGAGUACUCAGAAUCAGACUCGGACAGCGAUGUCGAUCAUUCAUCACCUGAGGCGCUCCAUGGCUACAAAGAAAUGGUGUUGACUGGUUUAAGUAUCCUUUGGAGCCUCGCGGGCAGUGAGGACAACUGUGUGAUCAUAAGCAACACCAAAAAUCUUGUCUCCAAGAUCAUGGUACCCGUUAGCUGCAACCUAGUGCACCGCUCAGGUCAUACUGAAUGGUCUACCAAGGUUUCAGAGAGAUCACUGGGGGUGAUGCUUCGGCUGAUUGUGACAGCCAAGGGAGACACUAGGGCCGACCUGCAUCAACAGAUCACUAGCGACAAGGGGCCAAUCACCACCAUGGAAAGAAUUGUUACCUGUGAAGGAUGUAAAGGCGGAGAGCUGCACAUGAAGGCCAUGCAGAUCCUCACGCAGUUAUGCAUGGACAAAACUGAAAACAGAGGUAAUCUAACGAAGAUGCUCAUAAGAAUCUUCGUUAAUGGUGAUAGCAGCGAUGACUCCAUCAGAAAGACUGCAGGUGAAACACUGGUUGUGUUGUUCCUUAGCACCAAAAGUGUUGGCUCCCUCCUGACCAAGGAAGAAAAUGAUAAGUUUGUCGGUGAUCUUGCUAAAAUACUUUUACAAGUUGGGGACAACGACACAUGCAGUAAAAGUGCAGCAGAAAUUCUGGAGCAUCUGUGUAUACAGUACACCGGGAAUAAACUACUCAAGAAUACUAUAAAGGAUUUGAUGCCAAAGGUGCUGAGAGAAAUACUAUCUGGGUGGACAGGAGAAGAAGGAAAUCCCGGUUAUACAACAUCAAGUACUGACAUCGAAAGCCAAGUCACCAACAACAACGACAAGAACAAUAAAAAAUGUAUUUCCCGCUCUUCUGGGCAAAAGAAACAUCACAAGUUGUAUGUUGCCAUGCUAUCCCUCUGUGUGACGGCAUGUGAGAAACUAAACCUUGAUAUCAAUGCCAUUUCGGUGGGAGAAAAAGACCAAGAAGAUAAAGGAGAACAUGUUGCGUUCAGGUUUGCGAUUAAGAUGGUGCAAAAAAACAGGUAUCUCAUCACCCCCGACAGCCUGAAAGCUAUGAAGCUUACCACUAGGAUGGUGAUAGCAGAAAUAAAGAAACUCAGUGGCCAUGGCACUGUCGUCGAACGAGCUGAUCUGGAGAGCCUCAUGGUCUUGCUGUCCAGCGUAUCAGAGGCCAUGUUGGAUAUCGAGAGUUCCAUGAUUUUCAACACCGGAACGACGACACUGCCUGCUACUACUGACACCCUUGAUUCCCUCGUGAAAAAAGCACAGGAACUCCAUGGAAAAACAAAGAACCCAGAGUCAGAAAUAGUGACAUCUAGCUAGCACAGUGCACACAAAGCUAAAAUAUUUGUCAUGGAUUUUCUUCAGACUUCUUUUUAUGAGAUAUGGAUUGCGUCAACUCAUUCGCCCUUACUGCACUUGUACCAUGUUUCAAGCAUGUCAUGUGUGACUGUGUGAGCACAUUAAAAUUUCUUUUCUUUGGUAUUCAAGUGAUGGAAACUACUCUUUCAAAGUC